CUGUCAGAAGCCAUCCAAAAUAUGGUUAUUGAUCGCAUUUAAGGUGAAAAUUUUCUCACAUUUACGCCCCAAUUUCACCCAAUUGAGGCACCCGAAUGUAGUGCAGCACUCGUGAAGCAUUAUGACCGUGAAUUCCGACUCUAAUGACAAGGGGGCUUCCGCCUCCCGGGCGAGAUGCUUCUUCGACAUCUCAAUUGGCGGCCUUCCGGCGGGCAGAGUGGUGUUUGAGCUGUACAUGGAUGUGACUCCCAAGACGGCGGAGAACUUCCGGGCCCUGUGCACGGGUGAAAAGGGACUGGGAAAGUCCACCGGAAAGCCUCUGCACUACAGCGGAGUAAUUUUCCAUCGCGUGGUGAAGGACUUUAUGAUACAAGCCGGAGAUUUUUCCAACAAGAACGGCACAGGCGGUGAAUCCAUCUACGGUGGAACCUUCGAGGAUGAAAACUUCAACUUGAAGCACGACAAGCCAUUCCUUCUCUCCAUGGCAAAUCGAGGAAAGAACACAAACGGCUCGCAGUUUUUCAUCACCACUCAGCCUGCGCCUCAUCUGGACAAUGUUCACGUGGUGUUCGGGCAUGUUGUCUCCGGACAGGAUUUGGUCACACAGCUGGAACAAUUGCCCGUGGACAGGAACUCAAGGCCUCUUCAGGAUGCCACAAUCACAAAUUGUGGUGAACUUGUGCGCCAGAUUAAAGCCAAGAAAGUCAAGAAGAAGAAAGUCGUCUCGUCGGAAUCUGAGGAGGAAUCCGACAGCGAUGAGUCAACGGUGAAGAGUAAGAAGAAAAAGAAGAAGGACAAGAAGGAGAGGAAAGAUGAUUCUGUGGAGGAAGGAGAGCUGGAAGAGAGCGAACAAUCGCUCUUUCCACUGACUAAAAUUGAUCCAAAGGAGAUUCCUGAUGUGUCCAAUAAGUUCCUCAUGCGAGAAGUGGCGGCAAAGGAGAAAGAUGACGGUGACAAGAGUGAGGAUGACGAUGAUGAUGAGGAUGAUGAUAAGGACAGAAAGCGCAGGAAUGAGCGUGGGCAGAGGAACUUUGGCUGGUCAAAGAAGCGCGUUCCUCUGUCGCGCAGUGGACGCGCUAUCAAGGGCAGAGGCGUUUUUCGCUACAGAACGCCAUCGCGCUCUCGCAGUCGCUCGAGGAGUGUGACGCCGCCGCAUUGGAAGCAGGCGCAGAAGCGAACGAUUAAGCUGUCGGACUUUGAGAAGAUCGAGGAGGAGAAGAAGCAGCGCGAGAUGGAGAUCAAGAGGCGCGAGGUGGAGCGCAAGAAGCGCCACGAGGAGAUCGCCAGGGAUGCGAAGAAGAGCUUCUAUGAGCUGCAGCAGGUGAGCAGCUAUGGCGGGAAGGGGAAGAACAGUGAGAAGAACAACAGUGGCUCCAUCAUUCCCGGUGACGAUCCCAAGGCCGGCAUGAUGGAUCUCAAUGCGCUGGACUAUGAGCAUCAUGGCAGUGAUGUUGAGGAUCAGCAGGAGGCGCACAAGUCCUCGACCAAGUCCGAUGUGAUGGCGUUGGCGCUGGGCGUGGAGGUGAAGGCGGGCGAGGGGCAGAAGAAGGCGCCUGUGAAGGUGGCUGAGACAGCCAAGGGCAGCAAGUACGAUCGCUCGCCGGACAGGAAGCGUCGUCGCUCGCGAUCGCGUGAGCAUCGACGCUCGCGGUCGCCCAAGCGCGGUGGCGGCGGCGGCGGCCACAAGGAGUCGUCGCGGAAGAGUCAUCGGGAGUCCUCGCGGCGGCACGGACACAGCAGCCGCCGGCGGGACUCCAGCGAUCGCUCACGAUCGCGCGAGCGACGCAGACGCUCGCGAUCUUCCUCGUCGAGGCGGCAUCGCGGCCACCGCAGCCGCUCGCCGCGCGACAGCAAGGAAAAGAAGCACGCGGAGGAGAAGCCGAAGGUGCUGUCGAGUGAGGAGAAGGCGAAGCUGCACAAGGAGAAGAUGCUGAAGCGUGCCGAGGCGCUGCUGCUGCUGAAGGAUCACAUGAAGAAGGAGAUUGAGGAGCAGGAGAAGCGCCAGGCGGAGCGCGAGCGCGAGCGCCUGCGGCAGCUGGAGGAGACUGACGAUCUGGCGCGUCUGGAGAAGAUAAAGCAGGAGACGCUGCAGAAGCUCCAGGCGCACGAUGAUGAGCAGCUGAAGAAGGUGAUUGACGGCGUGGUGUCCAGUGUGAAGUCCUCCAAGGGGCGCAAAUCCCGCAGUCCGCCGAGUGACAGGAAGCGUCACAGGAAGCACGCGAAGACACAGAGGAAAUCUCAGAGGAUGAGGUCAGCUUCCACUUCGUCGGCCGACUCGAAGAACUCCUUCAAACUCUAAGAAAAAGUCGCAGAGGAGCGUGGAAAUUUCAUUUCUUCAGUAGUUUUUCUUUCAUUUUUCAGUACUGAGCCUCAAUUUUCAUUAGAAUUUGCGCAAAUCAUUUACUUUUAGGUUUCCCUCUAGAAAUUGUUUGAAUUUAAGUCCACAUUUGGAGAAUAUUUGUUUGGACACAAUCGUUGUUAAAUGCGCAUUGUUGAAAGAAUAUGGAUUCUAAAUUAAAUGCUAGAAUCCAAAACUCACUGUCCAAAGAUAUUUGGAGUGGAAUUUCAUAUUUUACAUAUUCUUUGCCCACAGAACAAGUGUUUGAAAAUUAUGGAAAUGAUCAUAAUAAAGUGUAAUAAAACAGAAA